GAAGAAGAAGAAGUAGAACACAACAUAACCUUACUUUUUUCAAAACAAAAAUUUAUUUAUACGCGAGCGAUGUGAGUUUUUCAAUGCAUUUUAGUUAGCGAUUAUUCGUUUAUUCAAAAUGAUUAAUCGAGUAGAAGAAGAAGAAGAAGAAGAAGAAGAAGAUAGCGAUUCCGAAAGGAACGCGUUGUUCAGCCGCCUACUAGACGGGCCGGACACCGACGAUUGGUCUUUGAAUCCAGAUGGAGCUACCCCCGAUAUAAAAAAAACCGUCUCUCGAAUGUUCCAGCUGACAAAUGAAGGCGCAACGAGAUCGAAAAACGUUCUAUCUGGCAACGUGGCGGAUCAACCGAUAUUAAAAAUCGAAACGUUGGAUUCAAAAACUAGCCCAAAGGAUGAACAAAUGGAAGAAACGAGUAGGAAAAUAUCACAAAAUAAUGAAACAGACGAAGAAGUUGAAACGUUGCAUUCAAAAACUAGUUCGGAAGAGGAUCCUGCGGAAGGAAGGAGUAGCGAAAUACCAGAAAAUAAUGAACCAAACGAAGAAGGAUUUAUUUGCACGAUAAACGAUCCAGACGAAGUGGAUUCGUUAAAGCGAAAAGACUUGGAUUAUCACAGAUGCGUUCCGUUUUUUAUUAGAGAUUUAUACGAAGCUACCAGCGAAUUGAAUUAUUUCUUAUACAAAACCGUCCCUUUUACCAGAGUUUUUAUAAUAGGGAGGAUUGUGGAAAUCGGAGAGAGCGACAAGUGUCAUUUUUUCCACGUGAGCGACGAUGAAAGGGAGUCUAUUAGGUGUAUAAUAUCGAAGAAGUACCAUUCGAAAUUGGUACAGGGUGUUCGAAUUAAACGGACGAUCGAUGGUGAUGACGAGAGACCGGUUUCGUUGGGAGUGGAUUUUUCUACGGUGCCGUCUUUUAGAGGAAUUAGAGGUUUCGUGCCGGAUUGUGAUAGAUUGGAUAUAGGAGAUGUGUUGAGAAUCGUCGGACGUUUCGCAAAAAGAGGAUCAGAACGAUCAAUUUUCAUUGAUAAAUUUACUAAAGAAACCGAAGAUGUUUUAAACAUGCAUUUACGAACAUUAUCCGAAUUCUACCAUUCAUCAUAAUAUUCCAUGAAUACUAUACUUAAUGCGAACUAUUCCACUUUUUAUUUAUUAUAUUUAUAAUUAUUAUUAUUGUUCCUAUUA